GGAGCUGGAGCUGCACAAGUGUGUGUGGGAGGAGGCAGGCGAAAAGGUGGAGGAACGGUGGAGAGCGUGCGAGAAGGAGCAAAAGCAAAGCCAGACUCAGAUCCAGGAGGCCAAAAAGGUGGCUGUGGUGAACUGGUGGAAAGCCCUCAGUGUGGAGAGGGCUCAGGCUCAGAAAAAAGAAACCCGGUCAAUCCAGGAUCUUUCUGAGACUCAAGCAAAGCUCCAGCCAGCAGAGCAGGUGAUCUCUGAUAUGAGGGGGCAGGCCUGCCACCUGUCACCCUCUCUAAGAUCUGCACAGCAGUGUGUCACUGAGCAAAAAAACAGUAGUAGAGUUGAUCAUAUUGAAACGGGGACCAACACUGAGAGAGAAGAAUCAGAUGGAACGGUGAGGAAGGUGGUGAAGGAUCAACGGGAUGCAGCGGUGGCCACAGAGACUGCAGGUGGAGCAACCUCAGAGCAGGAACAAACACAGCUUCAGGUGACUGUAGAUGGACUUCUGGUGACCCUCAGAAGAAUGGAGGCGAUGGUCAACAGCGCCCUGGGGACGGCCGAGCUGGUGAGAGAGAGCGAGCAGAGGGUGAGCCGAGUGAGACUGAGGAUGGAGAGCAUCACCCAGAGGGUGGAGGAGGCUCUGGGUCGAGCAGCCAGUGCAGACAAGCAGUUGAAUGUCCUGGAGACCAGGAUCACAAAAAAAGCUCCAGCUCAGCCUCCAGGUUGCAGUCUGCCAGCUGGUCCUAGACCAGAUGCCACAGGCUUUAGGGUUGAAUGUGAUGUGGAGCCUGAAGACAAAGACAAAAUGGAGAGUCCUCCACAGCUGCCUGUGAAUGGUGGCACAGGACGAGGCAGCUGCAGCAAGCUUCAGAAAGAAGAGAGACAUUUUCUGCCGGCGUCUCCUGCUGAUCAAAGUGACCACAACUCCGCCGAGUCCUUUGACGGCCCCUGCGCUGCUGGUAGACCUUUUGUUUUCCCCCGCACCCGCUCCCGCCCCUCACUGCCCCCCACCAUGCCCACACUUCCCGAGGAAGAGGAGGACUCGGGCGAGGAGCUGGACAGCUCCUCCAGUUCACCCAGUACAUCUGUGCCAGGUGAAAGCCAAGCUGUUAUCAUGACCGCCCCCAGCAUUGUCUACCCACAACAGGCCACUGUUGUCCAGCAUGAUGGACAUCAUCUGGAGCAGAGCAGGCCGCACAGUCCCAGGUCUCGCCUGGCCAGAAACUCUUGGGGAGGUCCCCUCACCACAGUCGACAGCACAGGCAAUGUGAUCGACCUGGUGAAAGAUCAGCUGCCGGAGCUGCAGCUCUCUGAGGAGGACAGACAGAAGAACCUGGAGCUGCUGGAACAGGCCAAGAAAGUCAGCGACCGCUUCCUGACACGCCGUGGCCGCCGCAGCACCAGCAGCCUCACCGACUCGCCCGCAGCUGCAGGACCCUCAGAGUCAACCCAUGUCAGUUCACAGUCUGUUAGUCAGUAUCUGGAUGUUCCUUCAAUGCGAGAACAACCUGAUGUAACAGCCCAAGACCAAGAGGGCAGGUCGCUGGUGGACUGGAAGCCCACAGACAAAAGGAAAGUGUCCUCUGGGAAUCUAACGCCCCGCUUUGCUGUUCAGAAGGAGAUCUGUGAUCCUGCUGUACCUAAGAGUCCUCCAGCAGUCAGUAAAACAGAUGAGGGAGCUGGUUCAGGCCGAAACCCCAACCAGACCCCAGCCACAGGAGUGGCCAAACCAGUCCCCCGACCCCCUACACAACAGGCCCCCUGUACAGCAGAGAUCAAGAUGAUCGGUGCCUUCCCUCCGCUAAUGAGAGCUGUUUCCUGGGAUGCUGUAGGCAACCUUAAUUCUAGAAAUGGUGUCCCAAGUUUCCCUCCUACAGCGGAGGACACUUUCUCAGACAAGCCCAGGGAUGCUGUCUUUAAAGCCUCGGGGUACAAGGACCUCCCUGUCCAGCCGGGGAGUGUACAGAAGUUGUCUAAACUCAGAGAGGAGCACAAGUUGAUGCGUAACCAGAGCAUAGUGGGAUCCAAGUUACCAGACUUGAGUGAAGCUGCUGAACAGGAAAAAGGUGCUCAGCCCUCUCGGAACUCAACCAGCAGUGAGGAGGCCAAGGAGAAUUCGGAUACCAUGCCGAAUAUUUCAGAUGUGAUGCUGAGAAAGCUCAAACUUCACCGGGGUCUGCCAGGCUGUGCACUCCCACUCACUGAAAAAGAAGUUGAGAAUGCAUUUGUCCAGCUGUCACUGGCAUUUCGUAAUGACAAUUACACUCUGGAGACACGGCUCAAACAGGCAGAGCGGGAGAGGAACCUGACUGAGGAAAACACUGAGAAAGAACUAGAAGAGUUCAAAGGAGCACUUAAGGUGACUGCACCACAGUGGCAGAGCAUGGAGCAGCGUGAAGCCUACCAGCGGCUGGUAGAGACAGUGGCAGUGCUGCACCGCCUGGCCACACGACUCUCCAGCAGAGCAGAGGUCGUUGGGGCAGUUCGACAGGAGAAACGUAUGAACAAAGCCACUGAGGUCAUGAUGCAAUAUGUUGAAAAUCUGAAGAGGACAUAUGAAAAGGACCAUGCAGAGCUGAUGGAGUUUAAGAAGCUGGCCAACCAGAACUCCAAUCGCUGUUAUGGAGGGUCUGUAGAUACUGGAGAUGAUGGAGUUCCACGGCCGUCACGAUCCAUGUCCCUAACACUUGGAAAGGCUCUGCCCAGACGCAGGGUGAGUGUAGCGGUGGUGCCUAAGUUUAACCUCCUGAACAUCCCAGGUCAGACCCCAGUCACAGCUGGCACAAGCCCCAACGCAGGACCCACCCCUGGGGCUGCUCUUCCUGUCGUGUGUGAAGUGAAUGAUGCCAAAAGCAGUGUGACACAAUCAGCAGCUGAAUGGUAUGUUUUGCUGACACACACAUCACACUACGCGGUCAGUACCAUUGCUUGAUUCUCAAGGUC